CGAUCAAACCGGCCACACAAUUUGAAGCCAAGAAAUUAAAUUAGACAUCCACCAUUUUGUUUAUUUUCACGAAAUCAUUUCAGAAAUUCGUGCGAACAAUACCUUAGUGAAUAUAUGUAUAUAUUUAUGAUCGAGUGCUAGUUAUAAAUUAAUUUGGCAAUGAAUAAUAAAUCAGGAAUGUGCUGUUAGUGUACUGCUAUCACUGUGAUAAAAAUUGCAGACAUCGGCCGCGCCGCUAGUAAACAUUCUUUGAAAAUUAACAUCUUGUCUUCAAAGAAAAAUAAGAGUACGGGUGCGCCCAGUGUUGAUGAAAAAGGUCCUUUAAAAUUUGUUCAGCGUAUUUUCAAUAAGGCUAAAGGGAGCAAUUCCCUGGCGUUAAAGGAAAUUUCGAAAGGUGGGCGAGAGUCCCCGGUGGCGCGCCCGGCUAAAAUGAAUCACACGCCUCCACCUGAUAGGCAGCAACACGAAACCAAUGUUAACCAGGUGGAGGAGAUGGAGACUCAAGACGUGGAGUCUUUGGAAAUGGCUACAGAGCAGAUGAUGAAGUGGAAAGAUGAUGAUCAAAUGACUGGAAGAAUCACACCCAAUGGUGGUGUAGUCAUGACUGAUGUGAUGAAGAAUCAGGAAUCUAUUGCUGAAAUGCCUCAAUUAGCCUGUCUGGAUACAGAAAUGGAGGAUGAUGAGGCUCGAUCUGAAGCGACAUUUCGGUACAUUGUGCAUAACUUCAAAAACCUUAAGGACUCUGUAUUAUCACCACCAUGCUAUGUUAGAAAUUUGCCAUGGAAGAUUAUGGUAAUGCCACGACAGUCUCCAUCACCGGAUAGGCAGCAGCAGAAGUCUUUGGGUUUUUUCCUGCAAUGUAAUGGUGAGAGUGAGUCCGCCAAUUGGUCUUGUUAUGCCAUGGCUGAGUUGAGGCUAAUCUCACACAAGCCUGAGACUGAGCCGUUUCAUAGGAAGAUUCAACACUUGUUUUAUAGUAAGGAGAAUGAUUGGGGCUUCUCUCACUUCAUGACAUGGAGUGAUGUAUUGGAUCCUGAGAAGGGCUAUAUUAAAGAUGACGCAAUCACUUUAGAAGUGCAUGUUUCUGCAGAAGCUCCACAUGGUGUCUCAUGGGAUUCUAAAAAGCAUACUGGAUAUGUUGGUUUGAAGAACCAGGGUGCAACAUGCUACAUGAAUUCUCUCUUACAAACAUUGUACUUCACAAAUCAAUUGAGAAAGGCUGUAUACAAGAUGCCCACAGAAUCUGAUGACAGUUCAAGAUCUGUGGCCCUGGCGUUGCAGAGAGUAUUCUAUGAGUUACAGUUUUCUGACAAACCCGUUGGUACCAAGAAACUGACAAAGAGUUUUGGUUGGGAAACACUUGACUCUUUCAUGCAACAUGAUGUGCAGGAAUUUCUUAGAGUGUUGCUGGACAAACUGGAGAGCAAGAUGAAAGGCACAUGCGUGGAAGGAACUGUACCUCGACUGUUUGAAGGCAAAAUGACUUCUUAUAUUAAAUGUAAAAAUGUAAAUGUGUCUAGUACAAGAGUGGAGACAUUUUAUGAUAUUCAACUUAAUAUUAAAGGAAAAAAGAACAUUGAUGAAUCAUUCAAGGAUUACAUAAACACAGAGACAUUAGAUGGUGAGAAUAAGUAUGAUGCCGGAGAACAUGGUCUCCAGGAAGCAGAGAAGGGGGUUAUCUUUGCUUCCUUUCCACCCGUACUGCAUCUGCACCUCAUGCGGUUCCAGUAUGACCCAAUCACUGACAGCUCCGUUAAGUUUAAUGAUAGGUUUGAAUUCUACGAGCAUAUUAACCUUGAUGCGUACUUACAAGAGAAGCCUGAAACACCAGCAGACUACACACUCCAUGCUGUGUUGGUUCACUCUGGCGACAACCAUGGGGGGCAUUAUGUUGUGUUUAUAAAUCCUAAAGGAGAUGGAAAGUGGUGUAAAUUUGACGACGACGUAGUAUCACGCUGCACUAAACAAGAAGCCAUCGAGUACAACUAUGGUGGUCAUGAUGAAGAUAUGGCGCUGACUGUACGACACUGUACCAACGCUUACAUGUUGGUUUAUAUAAGGGACUCCCAAUUGAAGACUGUGCUGCAAGAAGUUACUCAGGCAGAUAUACCAACUGAAUUGAGUGAGAGGCUUGCUGAAGAGAAGCGGAUUGAAACAAUACGUCGGAAAGAACGUAAUGAAGCCCACUUAUAUAUGAAUGUGAAUGUGGUGCUGGAAGAGGCGUUUGAUGGGCACCAGGGCAAUGACUUGUACGACCCCGAGCGAGCGCAUUACCGCGUGUUCCGGGUCAGGAAGCAGGCCACUGUUUCUGAGCUGAUGGACAUACUGGCGGAGAACUUUUGUUACCCGCAGAAGCAUUUGCGUCCGUGGCCAUUCAGUGCACGGUCCAAUCAGACCUGCCGACCCACUUGUCUUGAUAUUACGAAUGACCAGUCAAAAACAAUAGCUGACAUAUCAGAAAACAUGAACCCGUGGAACAUAUUCCUGGAGAUGCUGCCUCCAGACUCCGGGUUCAGUACACUGCCCCCCUUUGAUAAGGAGAAUGAUGUUGUGUUGUUCUUCAAGUACUACGAUCCCAAACAGAAGAGGAUCCAUUACUGUGGACAUCAUUACUUGCCCAUUGCUAGUAAACCAGCAGAUCUAAUACCAAUCUUAAACAAGAGGGCAGGUUUUCCACCAGACACACCUCUUGUUUUAUACGAAGAGAUUAAGCCGGACUUUGUUGAGAAGAUCAAUAACUACAAUGAUCCUCUCGAAAAGGUACUGGACGAGCUGAUGGACGGCGACAUCAUCGUGUUCGAGCGCGCCGAUAACCGCCACGAGGACCUCGAGCUGCCAACCUGCCAGGACUACUUCAAGUAUAUCUUCUACAAGGUCGAGGUGCAGUUUGUGGACAAGACGGUGCCCAAUGACCCUGGAUUUACAAUGGAGCUGUCGAUGCAGAUGCGAUACGAUCAAAUGGCGAAAGCGGUCGGACAACGGCUCAACGUGGAUCCGUACUUAAUACAAUUCUUCAAAUGUCAAAAUUACAAGGACAUUCCGGGCCUGCCACUGAAAUACUCCUACGAUGGAAUACUAAAGGACUUGUUAGUGUACUGCAAACCCAAGUGCCCUAAGAAAUUGUUCUAUCAGAUAUUGUCAAUUAAGGUCAACGAAUUGGAUAAUAAGAAACAGUUUAAAUGUUUAUGGGUUGGACCUAAUUACAAAGAGGAUAAAGAAUUAAUAUUGUAUCCAAAUAAGGGUGGUAAAGUGACAGACAUACUAGAAGAGGCAGCUAAGGUCGUUGAAAUGUCGCCCGAAGGUUCUGGAAGGUUACGGAUUGUGGAGGUGUCGUGUCACAAAGUGCUGCCGGGUCCCGAGCCAGAUCUGACCCUGGACCAGGUCAUCAUAUCGCCGCCGAGACUGUACAGAAUAGAGGAGAUCCCCCGGGAUGAAUUAAAUUUGCAGGAAGACGAGAUGUUAGUUCCUUGCGCGCACUUCCACAAGCAGGUGUACGCGACGUUCGGCAUUCCGUUCUACGCGCGGAUCAAACACAACGAGCCCUUCCAAGCGGUUAAGGACCGACUCCAGAAGAAGCUGGACAUCCCUGACAAGGAGUGGGAGAAGUACAAUUUCGCAAUUGUGACGAAUGGCAGACCGAAUUACAUAAGUGAAGGAGCAUCAAUAAGCAUUUUUGACUUCAGGCCCAGUAGUACCGCAAAUCUGUCGCUUCCAGACGCGACGGGUCGGCCGUGGCUCGGGCUGGAACACGUGAACAAGACGCCGAAGCGAUCGCGCGUCAAUUACCUCGAGAAGGCGAUUAAGAUCUACAACUGAGGUCCGCGCUGACCACAGAACUCACACAGGAUCACUGAUACCAGAACUGGACAGGAAUCCCCGCGGUCUUAACGUAUAAUGCUUAUAAUUUUAAUAUAACGCCUGCCUUCCGCUUUAAAAUAAACAUCAUGAUGCUCUCGUUCCUAUGUGAAAUCAACAUUGCUGUCGCCGCAUACAAGCAAUACUUCCUUGCAUCUUAAUAUCUAUGCAGUAUUUUAUUUGGUAUUUAUUAGUGGUGUGUUAUAUUCAAUAGGAUCGCCGAUCGUUAGACACUGUAUAAUUUUAUUGAUUGGAUUUUGUCCACUUGUUAAUACGGACAGUUAUUGUCGAAUGGUUGCUAGUUAGGUGAAAAUUUUGUAAGAGAUUAUAAGAGAAAUAAACAGAGGUAUUCAAACAUUCGGUAUUCUUUUACUGUCACCACCCAAAUACAAUCUUGGAAGACAAUAAUUCUUAAUCUUUCGUAUCAUGGUAAUAUCAUCACAUGCAUACAAUUAUGAUAUGAGUACGCAUAUUUGCGUAUUCACUGCAUGCAUGCAAUGCGGCGUUUGAUCUAUACUUGCGCAUAAAUGUAGAUGUUACAUCAAAAAUGAUUUUUAUUAUACUUAGUACUGAAAACGAGGGUGUGGAUACUGAAUUUAUGUAUAUAUUGUAUACGUGGCGAGAUUAAGCGAAGUGACGUUUGCCGACUUGCCUGUCAAAGUCGUUCGUGACAUUUGGGGUAACGUCAUAGCUCUGUCAUUUGUGUCAUUUGCACAGAAUGUGUUAAAGCUACAUAAGUGGCCCACUUUGAUGACUUACUAUGAGUGUUACGAUCGACUUUGCCAUGUUAUAGUUUAUAUACACACUUUCUUACAUAGACGUGAGUUUAAGGCGGGUAAAAUAUAAUCUACACACAUAUUAUUGUACUUACGUUUUUUUUUAUAUAUAUUUAUUGGUCGUUUUUCGACGGAUUUCUUAUUAAUAUUAUGUUCUAAAUAGCGACUCGUUGAAGUGUGGAGUGGUUUAGUUGUGGUUUUUUCUCUCUUGUUACUAAUAUAGUGUUGUACAUAGAGCACAGUUAUAUUAAAUUCAAUUGUUCAGCUAAUUAGUUAAACACAGUUUCUAUGUCUGUGCGCGUUAAUAAAAACUUAUGUAUAUGUUCAUUUUUAGUAAGGAACUGUUGUUUUUUAAAGUAACUCUUUGUUUAUUCGCUGUCAAGUACUUUAAUUAUAUGAUAAAAAUAAAAUAUUUAUUUCUUUUUA